AUGUCGAGAAACGGUAACAAGAAGCCCGUAGGCUUUGCAACCCAUAUCAUCGCUGGUGGUAUCGCUGGUGGUUGUGAAGCGCUUGCGUGCCAACCGUUGGACACGAUCAAAGUUCGAAUGCAGCUCUCGCGAUCAGGGCGAGCUCCUGGGACUAAAGCCAGAGGCUUUCUCGCAACUGGUGCCUACAUUGUGAAACGAGAAACGCCUUUGGCAUUGUACAAAGGCUUGGGCGCCGUUCUAUCCGGCAUCGUUCCAAAAAUGGCUAUACGCUUCGCUAGCUUCGAAGCCUACAAAGGCUGGCUGGCCGACAAAUCAACUGGGAAGACGAGCAUUGGAAACAUCUUCCUUGCUGGUCUGGGUGCAGGCACAACGGAGGCUAUAGCGGUGGUGACGCCGAUGGAAGUCGUCAAGAUCCGUCUCCAGGCUCAGCAACACUCUCUAGCUGAUCCACUAGAAGCCCCACGAUAUCGUAACGCUGGGCAUGCUGUGUAUACUAUCGUUCGUGAAGAGGGGAUAUCUGCGUUGUAUAGGGGUGUCUCCUUAACCGCCCUGCGGCAGGCAACCAAUCAAGGUGCCAAUUUCACCGCGUACCAGGAAAUCAAGAAAUUGGCGCAUCGCCUACAGCCAGACCUAGCUGACUUGCCGUCGUAUCAACAUAUGGUUAUCGGCCUUAUUUCAGGAGCCAUGGGUCCUUUCUCCAACGCACCUAUCGAUACUAUAAAGACUCGUCUCCAGAAGGCUACGGCUCUACCAGGUCAGACUGCGUUCCAGCGUAUCGCUGCCAUUGCUGGAGAUAUGUGGAAACAAGAAGGCGUGAAAUCUUUCUACAAGGGUAUAACACCUAGAGUGUUGCGUGUAGCCCCUGGCCAGGCGAUUGUAUUCGCGGUUUAUGAGCGGGUGAGCAACAUAAUGGAGGCCGUUGCUCCAGCUGUACGCGAAGAGGAUAAGUAUUCAGAGUAG